AUGGAUGUUGAGCUCUAUGUCUAUGACCUUUCCCAAGGUCUCGCGCGCAUGUACUCUGCGGCCCUGACAGGGACUCAGAUGGAUGCGAUCUACCAUACGUCUAUUGUGGUUGGUGGUAUGGAGUAUUAUUUUGGCUCAGGGAUCCAGACCGCUCUUCCUGGAAGUACUCAUCAUGGACAGCCAAUGGAGAAGAUACAUUUGGGGUCGACAGAGCUCCCAGCUGAUGUGAUUGAAGAGUAUCUUGGCUCUCUAGCUGAAGUUUAUACCCCGGAGUCCUAUGAUCUGUUUCUUCACAACUGCAACAACUUCUCCCAGGAUUUUGCCAUGUUUCUCGUGGGCAAGAGCAUCCCAGAGAAAAUUCGGAGUUUGCCUAGCACAUUUUUGAACACUCCCUUUGGACAAAUGAUGAAGCCCCAGAUCGAGAGUGCGUUGAAGGGGGUUACCCAGGGCGGUGGUGCAGCCGCUAUCCCAGGACCAAGUGCUGCACCAGUGUUGCGACCUGCACCUGUACCUCAAUCCCCAUUGGGCAAAGUCCGCGUUGUCAGCAACUUAUCUCAGCUCGAGAGUGAGUUGGCUGCGGCGAAAAACUCUUGCGCAGUUAUUUUCUUCACCUCGUCCACUUGCCCACAUUGCAAGGUGGUCUACCCGACAUACGAUGAGCUCGCAGAAGAAGCUGGCGAGAGGGCCAGGCUUAUUAAGGUUGAUAUCGGGUCAGCUUAUGACGUGAGCAUGAAGUACAGCGUGCGUGCAACCCCAACAUUCAUGACCUUUCUCAAAGGCCAAAAAUUGGAUCAGUGGUCCGGUGCCAAUCCGCCACAGCUUCAAGGAAACGUACGCAUGCUCCUCGAAAUGGCCUACCCAUCUCAUCCUCACCGAAAGCUCCGACUGCCCAGUUUUCAGCGGCACAUCACCAAUUUUGUUAUGUACAAAAAGGUCCCGCCACUGGACAAACUUGUGCAAAAACUACCGGUAGAGUUUAAGGAUGCGGCAGGCAUCGCACCAGUCAUAGAGUUCAUCAAAGACCGUUAUUCGAUAGACAACAAAGCUCCUGCAGCGGAUACCCGAGUCCCAGAUCUCCACACCUUUGCAACAGCUCUGCAAUCGAUAUAUUCAACGCUCCCAAGCGACUGUCACUUUGCAGUCGUGGAUCUCAUCCGUCUCCUAUUCCUCGACCCCCGCGUGAGUGGCUAUUUCGCCGAAGAGUCACAACACACCACCCUUCUUACCCUCCUCUCACCACUGUCAACCGAAGACCUCUCAUUAUGCCCUUACAACCUCCGGAUCGUCGCCCUGCAGCUAGCCUGUAACCUCUUCAGUACCGCUCUUUAUCCCUACCAGCUAGCCUCAACCUCCUCCCCCUUACGAGCGACUUGCCUCGCACUAGCAACAAACUCCCUCCUAGACUCACAUGCAAACUUGCGCGUUGUGGCAGCCUCUUUUGCUUACAACCUCGCUGCAUUCAAUCACAAUGCUCGUUUUGAUGGCAAAUCGGAUCCACUACCCGAAGAGGACCAGGUUGAAUUGCUCGCCUCUUUGUUGGAAGCGACUUCGCGUGAGGACCAGAGCGCCGAGGCUUUGCAUGGUCUCCUUUUCGCCCUUGGCCUUUUUGUUUACGAGGCUGACUUGGACGGGUCGGUGAUUGAUCUCUGCCGCGCGAUGGGCGUUGCAGAAACUGUUGCUGGCAAGUCGAAGAUAGCAGCUCUGAAAAAAGAACCAUUAUUGAAGGAGGUAGGAGAUGAGCUUUUUGGGAAGGGUUUGAGGACCAAGUCUUGA